UAAUUAGAAACUGAUAUCGCAUAACUUGAUAAUUAAAAAAAAAAAUCAUAUAUUCAUGAAUCAUGAUAAAGGAGCCAUAAAUUCCCUGGUGUAAUGUUUAAUGACCCAUCUAACCUGACCUGCUCAAUCACGAGCGAUCACGAGAUUACCUUUCAGCUCUUUGAUGAGAGGAUCCGAGACCGACAUGGCACAUUCUAUGCGAAAUAUUGGCGUUAAAUCGACCGCGGCGCGUCCAUUGGAAGUACGUCGUAUGUCUCUCGCGGGAAAUUAGUUUUAUUGCCGCGACACAAGCGUCAGCCGAGCCUCAACAACGGGAACACCUGCAUCCUGCAUUGUGAACGUGCUGCCGACGUAUCAGCAUGAUAGGGAUGGUGAUAUAGAGCACUGUGGUGCAGUAUUUAAGUUCUACGUUGAGGCACUUAGCCGAAGAUUGCGCUGAUAACAAACAACAUCGCUCCAGUCCCCUAAUCACCGUAAGAAGAUUCUGUUUCGUCAAUUGCAUCUCGAGUGAAGUCUAGAAGACAUUUCGGCAUGGCGACAUUACUCCCGCAUGUAAAUAGCGUUAAGGAAAAAGCGUUGCAAAUCUUCGCCGAGAAAUUCGGCGAGCAAGCCGUUGUUUGCGUGUACGCUCCAGGACGUGUUAAUCUCAUCGGCGAGCACACCGAUUAUAACGAUGGUUUUGUACUACCGAUGGCACUGCCGAUGGUCACGGUAAUAGUUGGGAAAUCUCACAAUGAUAAAAAAACCAGAAUUUUUUCCUUGAGUAACGUGGUCGGCGAUAUAAACGAGUUCGAAUUCAAAGCUGGGAAUCAAGCUGAUAUAAAACCGGGAGAACCAAAGUGGGCGAAUUAUAUAAAAGGAUGCAUCGCCAAUUUUAUUUGUGACGUCCCCGCGUUCAAUGCUGUAAUUGUAUCGACUGUACCAGCAGGCGCCGGGCUUAGUAGUUCUGCAGCUCUAGAGGUAGCAACUUACACCUUCUUGGAGACCUUGAGCGGGAAAAAACCGGAGAAACCAGAACUGAAGGCUUUAGCGUGUCAAAAAGCAGAGCAUGAUUUCGCUGGUGUGCCAUGCGGUAUAAUGGACCAGUUUAUCUCAACUAUGGGCAAGGAAGGUUAUGCUCUUUUGCUUGACUGUCGCGAUCUUAUUACUAAACAAAUAUCUAUGCUGCACCUAGAUAAUUACGUUUUUCUCAUAACGAAUUCGAACACACCGCACAAAUUGAGUUCGAGCGCCUAUUGCGAGCGUAGAGAUUGUUGUUACGAAGCCGCGAAAAUCUUGGGCAAGAAGAGUUUGAGAGAUGCAAAUAUGAAUGAUAUUUUAGUGUUAAUAUCGCAAAAUGUGUCUGAGUCCAUUGUGAAAAAGGCUCGUCACGUGGUCACAGAAAUUCAACGAACUCUGAACGCUGCGGUGGCACUUCAGAAAAGCGACUUUCAGCAAUUUGGGCGCUUAAUGAAUGAAAGUCACGAUUCAUUGCGCGACGAUUACGAGGUCUCAUCUAAGGAACUCGAUUCGCUGGUCUCGGCGGCUAGAGAAGUGGACGGUGUGUUAGGAAGCCGUUUGACAGGCGCAGGCUUCGGUGGUUGCACCGUAACUUUGUUAAGAAAGGAUGCGGUUGACAAAACGAUCCAACAUAUGAAAGCGAAAUAUUCCGGCACGCCUACAUUUUACAUAGCGACUCCGUCCGGAGGUGCUCGAGAAAUCAGCUAGUAUUGAUAUUAAUUUCUUAAAUAUACAUGGACAUAGCCAAGAUUGUAUUAGGAAAGAGAGCUGAAUACUGUGAAGAAAGACAUCGUCAUGUGCCAACGAACAAAUAAAAAAUUCUACAUACUUUUCCUUUUUUAGGCCUUUUUUUCU